AUGGCGCCAAUGGAGCUCUGCAUAUAUAAUGUCUUGAACACUGUACCAGUUAUUGGAGGGAUACAUGAGGUGGACAAAGGUGGCCUCCCUGAGUGGAUCAACUACAACUCCUCUUCCCAUUCACUGAUUGGUGUUCCCAGGUCACAUGACACAGGGGACACAUACAUAGAGGUGACGCGAAAGUGUGAAGAUGCUACAGAUCCCUGCCAGAUUAUAUCCGAUGUGUUCCGAAUAACUGUAAAACAUGCUGGUCUUGGAGCAACAGGAUCACCCGUGCCAUUACCAAGGCAAUCCAAUUCUGAUGUCAACAAUGCUGCCAUAUUGGAUGCAAGUUCCCCAUCAUUGUCUUCAUUAGAUGAGCGUGGAUGUGGAGAUGAGGUUGUACUGGCUAGUCUAGUCCUGUGUGUGGCGAUUGAUGCACUUGAUCUGCAGCAGAAGGUUACAAUGUUGUCCAACAUGGCUGACUUCCUGUCUCAGCCUGUGUGGAAGAUGGCAGUGAUGCCCUCUAGUGGUCAUAAACUGCGAGCAGUUGAACGAGGAUUCCAGAUCCUCUCGGCUGGACCGGGACCUGGUGGAGACUGUGAUCUGGAGAAGAACGUAGAACUGUCAUGGAGGUUAACCUGCCCAACCGUGAGACAUAUGGGAGACUUUGUGAAGGUUCUAGAGCACAACCUCAAUGUAGGGCGUAUUGAGAAUGAAGUGGGUCAACCAGUAGUGGGAUGGUACGUGGCAUCAUCGGACUCGCUUCAGACCAGCAAGAAGCGGAUACGGAGACAGCUGCCAUACCGAACACCCGUCCCCACCCCAGUACUUCAGCCGGUCACACCAACAGUGGUAUACCAAACUGUUCGAGUUAGUGAGGAGGCUUUACCCAGUCAGACAGGUUCUGGUGAAGAAUCCCUGUAUGUCUCUCAAGUUAUGACAAGACAUCCAGUGGUUGUUGAAGAGUCUCCUUCAUUUAUGUUUCCCAGUUCUAGUCUAGAAGCUAUUCCAAGCUCUCGCCAAGUGGUGCUUGAUGAAAUCACACCCUCAUCAUCAUUCUCAACAUCUUCAAAAAUGAUGCCGAUGUCUUCUGAAUAUGUUCAAAUGGAAAAGGAAUCAAUGGAAAUCAGUGGUGAAUCGGACUCGUUAGAAUCUAGUCAGGCUAGGGUUGUGCCAUCUUCUCGGCCAGUAUUGAUACCUCAAGUCACAAGACUUCUGCCAGAUUCUCUUGAUUCUUCAUUUUCUGGUUCAGGAUCUUCUUAUGUGGAUGCCUGGCCAUCUGUAGUAGAUACAGGCCCUAUCACAAGGACAUAUGACCUACCAGACUUCUCAUCUGGCAUUGUAUUAUCUGUAGAAACAAUACCUUCAAGAAGUGUUGAAGUUCAAGCAACUCCAUCUGAGGACAUGUUCUAUACCUCAUCAGUCCUUCCUGUGGCACUGCCGAUCCCGAUAGUGCCAACCACCACAGACGUAUCAGAGGAAGUGCAUGUUUGGGAAACAUCUGAUGUUGUUCAUCCUAAACUGAGUGAAUAUGAGCCAUCUGUUACUGAGGUCAGACAGGAGCUGACAUCUCCAGAGGCACUACCGAUACCUCCAGUUGAAUCAACAAUAUCAGAACCAGUGGGUGUCGGGGAUACACCAGAUGUUGUGCGACCAAAGAAGAGUGACUAUGACUACAACUACUCGUUUACACAGGUGUCACAGAGGAUGACAACUCUCUACACAUCUGAUUUGGAGAUGCUGAUGCCCUACACUUCUUCCUCAGUGGUGUAUUCCUCCUCAUCCACCUCUUCCUCCUCCUCAACCAUGUCUUCUUCAAGUCCAUACAUCCUUUCAUCAUCCAGUCAGAACAUUUAUGCAUCUUCAUCAGAGUUUAGUGGCGACACGUCCAUGUUCAUCAUCUCAGAACAACUGAUCCCUGUGUCGUCCCGUGUCAUCCAAUCAUCCAAGGAGUCAAUGGAAACAUACUUAACACAACUCUUUGUCCCGGCAACCAGAGAGAUGUUAGCUUCAGUAGCAUCAGGGGAGGAGUUGACUGUCAGUUCCGUUGUUCCCUUGAUGUCGUCUGCAGUGUAUAUUCCAAUGGGAUCGGGGUCAGGGUCUGGAUCAGGGUCCGGUUCUGGGGACAGCAUCCCUAAAGAGUCCAUCCCGUCAAGUGGGUAUGCUUCAACAACAGUUGCAGGAUCAGCUGAGGUCUCUGAGAUGUCGGGAUCGGGGGUGAUGGGAUCAGGAGACAAUGUCACACGUGCAGUGGAUCGUUCCACUACAGACAUGACAGAAAUCAACCAUGCUCCAUCUGUGGUGAUCCCUCUGUCUGAUCCGCUAAGAGUACCUUUGGGUAUCUUCUGGGAGUUCCCCAUCCCCAACGAUGUCUUCUUUGAUGAGGAGGAUGGAGACGUGACUAACCUUGAGCUGUCCUUGACCUUCAUGGAUAGGCAGAGAUUUCCCCCCGAUUACUGGCUGCAGGUUGACAAGAACAGACGUGUGCUCACAGGACUUCUGCUGGUUAGUGAUCUUGAUGCCACAAACAAUAAAAUUCUUCUUGUGGCGACUGACUCGGGAGGACUCUCUGCAGAUACAGUCAUCCAGCUAGACUUGGAAACACCAGCAGCUGUACAACAGACACAUAAAUAUGACAUUGCCUUUUCAGUUGAUUACGAUGAGUUCAUGAGAGAGAAAGAAUCAAAUCUGAAACGUCUUUUGGGUCGGAUCAGCUCCUUCUUCGAUGAUGAAGACUCCAGCAACAUCAGAGUGUUGGAUCUACGCAGAGGGUCGCUGGUUCUCUCGUGGAACAACGUGACGCUGAAUGGGUUAGAGUGCAACAACAACACCAUCAGGAGAAUGUUUACCAGGAUCAUGAGGAGGGGAGAAACGAUUCGUUCAACAUUCAUCAAGCACAUGCAGCCAGAGUUUAACCCCCUGUUUGUGGAGUAUGAGUUGGUAGGAGCAUGUGCUUACCCUCCUGUUGUCCCAGUUGUAGAGACAUUCCAGACAGCAAAACCAUAUCAACCUGCAUAUGUGGAUCCCAGGGGACCAGAACUCUUCCCAUCAUCAACGUCAAUUGUCGGAGUGGUUCCUAGUGCUACUGAUCAUUUAUACCAUUCCGGUCAAGGCAGUGGACUCAUGACUGAAGGAAUGAAUGUGUUUUCAAGCAGAAUGGAUGUUUCCUCAGUGUUCGGGAGUGGCGGUCUGUGGACAGUAGCAGUAGUUCCUCCAGGAUCAUCUGAGAGUGCGAAAUACUUUGCUACCAUCUCUCCUCAUCUUGUUUCAACAAUGGCUUCUUCGUCAGCUUUGAUCCUUCCUCCAGAUUUCCGUCCAGACUUUGUCACUGAUCCUAGUGACACCAGAACAGAGUCCUCAACUGAUGACAAGUCAUUUACUUCUCCCACGACAUCGUUCACAACAAGACGUAGACAGAAGAUGACAACAGAGGAGAUGACAUCAUCUGUCGAGCAGAAGACAUUACCUUGGGUAUCAGUAGAGCCCUGGACGCUCCCUGCUGUAACCACUGAAGCUGUCGACCAUUUUCCUUAUUUGGAGAACCCUGUGGACUACAUUCCCGCCCACCUUGGCAAAUAUUUGGAGUUCCCAAUUCCAAGAGGUGUGUUCUACGAUCGUGAAGAUGGUGACACUCGAGCACUCCAGUUGUCCUUGACCUUGCUCAAUGGGCAGACGUUACCCAAAGACUUCUGGUUGCAGCUGAAUGCCAGGAAGCAGAUUAUCUCUGGUCUCCCACUUCUCGUUGACCUUGACAUUAGCUAUCAUCUGAUUACACUGGUUGCAACAGAUUCUCAUGGACAAUCGGUUAAAGACGCCAUCAAGCUGUACGUUAACUCAUCCUCCUUCGUCAGAUUCACCCACAAGUUCAUCAUGACGUUCAAGAUGGACUUUGCAGCAUUCAUGAACGACAGAACCAACCUGAACAACCUCCUGAAACGCAUCAGUUCCUACUUUGGUGACUCUUCCCCUGACAACAUGGUUGUGAUGGACGUCAGCAUGGGUUCCUUAGUCCUGACCUGGAGUAACACGACUCUAAACGGCGACAUCUGCAACAACAAGACCAUCAACAAGCUGUACAGACGGAUGGUCAGGAAGGGUAACAAUAUUCGACCAAGCUUUAACCGUCACCUGAGUCCAGACUAUCAACUUCUUGACAUCACCUACGAGCUGCAGGGAGCGUGUGUUUACAAGCCCACAACGUUUAUCUCCCCUACCACUGAGGCCAGCACCACUGGUACAGGGCUUAGUAUCUGGGCUCAAGUCGUUCUGCCAGUGAUGAUUGCCCUUCUGCUUCUGUUGUUAAUCCUUCUGAUCAUCCUUCUGGUGAAUAGGAGAAGGAAACGACAAUCUGCUUUGCAGAAUUCAGAAAAACCUGUGUUUACAAAUGACCGAAAUCCCAUAAUUUUCCCCGAGGAAAUGGAAGGUGAUGAUAUGGGGCUGAAACCAAAAAAGCCAAUAGUUUUACCCAAUGACAGAAACCAGUCAGCAUCCCCUUCGCCAAGGACAACGUAUUACUUCGAGGAUGAGCCUCAGUCUGAUCACGGUAGUAACUAUGGGACAGGAAGUCGGACAGGGUCAGGUCGUCGACAUCCCAAGUCACCUCCACCAUAUUACCAGCCUCAUUCUGAUCCGCCUCCGUACCGACUUCCUCCGCCCUACCUCAAUAACUCAUCAGAUGUUUGAUGGGAAUGAAUGUUGCCAUGGUGAUUUGAUGUUUGUUGAAUGAAUACUUACACAGACAGAUGUGUAGUCAAGAUGUUUCUGGAGUUCAUGAUUGGACAUAGCCUUUAUGUUACCAUGGUUACUGUUGUCUAUUGUGUGUUGUUUGUUAAGGAAUAUGUUGAGUUUCUCUGACAGAGGUUUGUCGUCAGUGUCCGCUAUCUUGACUGGACCGAACUGAAUCUCCAGCCAUUACAGACGCAUACAGUCAAGGAGACUUGAUACGAAGAGUGUGUCAUUUUUUAGAUUCCUGUUGGAUACAUUUUUCAAGAAACCGAAGAUUCUGUCUGGUCUUUGCGAUUCUUCGAUCACUGCAUAUCUAGUCACUGAUUAAAUUAUCGGAGAUUGAUGUGGAGUAUACAAAAUGACUAUUUGUGCCUUCAACAUCUGAUCAGCUGGGAGACCAGUGCUAUUGUACUCUAUAGUAUUUCGAUGACAUUUUUGUCUUCAGUUCAUGAGAGUAUUCUUGAUUUCAUCAGUAUUGUUACAUUCGUACAGUGAAUGAGUUCUAUAUCAGAUCAGUCCAUCCAAUGUACAAUGUACAUGUACAUUGAAGCUGUUAUUGUUAUGGUGAUAUUUGUUAUGUAUACUACUCAAAAGAAGUUAGGGAAUACCUGAUUCUUUAUUUCUGCAGUUCAGCUGUUAUGAGAUAUGUUAGAGAACACAGAAUUCUUUCUUAUUUUCUCUCAUACCCGACAAAUUAAAUAUAAUAGUACGAAAGAAUUGUGUGUUAAUGUCUUGAGUAGUAUAUAUGUGGCCAAGCUGACAGUCCAAUAUAUACGCAGACUUCAAAAUUCAUUCUUGUUUAGCUAGCCUUAGACUACCAAAUUAUACUGAGGACAUAUAAAGAUCCAAUUUAAUUUCAAAGCAUGUGGAUAGUUUAAACUGGUGUAUUAUCAUCUAAAGGUAUUGUGAAUAGUAUUGUUCCGUCCAUGGAGUAUUCAUGUGUUUAACAGGGCUACAGAUAAGGGCCGUAUCGGCGUAUGUACGGAUAAAAAAUAUGCACGAUACGGUAG